AACAAAGGAAGACGAAGAGCAUCGCGUGUAGGCGUAGGUUUGCUUUUUGUCAUCAAAUGCGACAAAGCUGCGAGUGAUUUAAAGCAGGAUCGAGGCACGCAGUAGAGUAAGCUGUAGAGGCAAUUUAAUUUAUUUCCUUCAAAGUUAAAGCUGAUAUUCUCGCUCGCUUUCCUACUCCAUCCCAGGCUUGUGUUGUACACCAUUCAUUUGUGCUCGCUAUAUAUGUAUGAUGCCUAUGGAAGCAAUGAAGAAGCGGGGCACAGCAAAGCAAAUCAAGCAAGAAAGCUAGUGCUUGCCCGGCCAUGGCGGCAGCCGACGCCGUCGGCCGGAAAUCGGCGUUCCGGCGGGGGCUCAACGCGACGCGCUUGGCCGGCCGUAGCCUCUGCCGUGACGGUGCUCAUCGUCUUGAUCGUCGCCUACGCCGUCACCGUGGUCACCCGGACCGAGGAGCUCUCUCUCUCGGUCACCGGUGGCAUCAUAUACAUGAAGCCGGAGGCGGUGCAGCCGCGGAAGGUCGGACUCACCUUCAGCGUCCAGGCCAACAACCCCAGCGGCCGCGCCCGCUUCUACUACACCGGCCUCCACGGCAAGGUCUUCCUUGUGAACAACGGCACGAGCAAGCCUAUCGCGAAGUUCAGCACGGGUAUGAAGGACAUGGUCGUGGCCCCCAACUCGAUGCUGCAGACGGAAGCUUAUGUGCAUUUCAUCUCAAUCCAAAGGAGAUCGAAGAGGAAGAGCAGGAAAUUGUUCCAGCAAGAACAAAGGAAGACGAAGAGCAUCGCGUGUAGGCGUAGGUUUGCUUUUUUGUCAUCAAAUGCGACAAAGCUGCGAGUGAUUUAAAGCAGGAUCGAGGCACGCAGUAGAGUAAGCUGCAGAGGCGAUGUGACCAGCUCGAAAGUGAAGAACAUGUGACUCAGGUUCUUUCUUUCUUGACAAGCUAUCAGGAUGCUAACUUUUCUUUUGUAUAAAGAACAAAGUAUGAUGCCCUCAUCAUCUGUCUAUUCUUAUAUAUUAUAAGGAGACUUCCU